AUGCCCGACUUACUUCUUCCACCCCCUUACCCGCCACUCAACCCCUCUGGUGCUGGCGGCUGGCGCUGGUGCUGGUUCCUGGUGCUGGCGGCUGGCGCUGGGGCUGGUUCCUGGUGCUGGCGGCUGGCGCUGGGGCUGGUUCCUGGUGCUGGCGGCUGGCGCUGGGGCUGGUUCCUGGUGCUGGCGGCUGGCGCUGGGGCUGGUUCCUGGUGCUGGCGGCUGGCGCUGGGGCUGGUUCCUGGUGCUGGCGGCUGGCGCUGGGGCUGGUUCCUGGUGCUGGCGGCUGGCGCUGGGGCUGGUUCCUGGUGCUGGCGGCUGGUGCUGGGGCUGGUUCCUGGCGCGGUAGCGGGGGGUGCGCAACGAGGGAGGGACGGGGAGGGGCAGGGACGGGUGGCGUACGGGAGGUGGGCGGGGUGUGAGCUGGCUGGCGCGUCGGUUGGGCCGCCACCCUUUUCCCCCUUCCUUCCCCCCCCCCACCGCGACCGUCUCUGCAACCGCGCAGGGCCGGGACGGGUGGGGAAGAGGUGGCGGGUGAGCGUGCGACGAGGAGGCGACGCGGGGCAGCGCAUGUGGGCGAACGCGCUGGCAAGCCGCUGGCGAUUUUGCUGGCAUUAUCGCUGGCGCAUGGGCAACGAGCUCGUUGGCGGGUCCGGCGGCGGGUCCGUCGGCGCGUUUGCUGGCGCUCUCGUCGGCGGAACCGACGGCGGGUUUGCAUGCGGGUCCGUCGGCGUUAUCGCUGGUGCGUUCCUGGCGUGCGCGUUGGCGUGCGUUCCUGGUAAUGCGCGGGCGACGGGCUGA